GAAGUGGAAUAAUCUCAUCCGAAAAAUUUGAGCUAACUAAAUUUCCGGAAAAUUAUUUAAUUUACUUUUUUGUUUGCUUUGAAAGAUUUGCUUUGCAUUUUUAAUACAAAUUUAAUUGUUUCUAGUUUCUUGUGUGCCUCAAAAUGAUAAAGAAUUUGGGCCAAUUGUGCCGCAGCCGCUGCGGUCCCCUUCCCUUUGUGCAGCAGACUCCCACCAUUCUGGUGAAGAACUUUUCGAGUGCCCCAACUUGGAUGGGCCGUGCUGCUCCUAAGCCUCUGUAUUUGACUGCCGCUCGUUACAAGAGCACCAACACUAAAUGGACUACGCGCACCGAUAAAAAGGAGGAUGAGCAGGAGGACAAGAAGGAGAAGAAAUUCAAGCCUAUGGAGCCCCAAGCCCGUCGCUUGCAGCUGAACAAAAGCGCCCAAUUCGAGCGCUACGAUUCGGGUCCGGUUCCGGCUCAAAACAAUAAAUCGAUGCAAGAGUCCCCUGAAGAAGAGAAUCCUUUGGCCCAGAAGCAGAAGAUGGAGCAGAAGUUGAAGAAUAAGAAGAUCACCGAGAAAAUGCAAGAGCUGAUGAAGGCUCGCGUUGCGAAUCCGGACAAGUAGCUGCACCACAAGAUACCAGGACCACCGCCCCCCCCAUCGUCUACAGAUACAUAUACAUAUACACACAGACAUUGUCAUUGUCAUUGCCCGGCUCUCCGCGGACAUUCAUCAAUUGUCCAAUGAAAAUAUUGACAAGUUUUUUACGAGCUGGUUGAGUGAUCUGAUCUGAUCUCUGUGCUGCUCUCCGCUGAUCAGAUGUGUCGUCCCAGAGUUCUCUUGCCGCAUCGUUGGCCACUCACACCCCACAACAACCCAGGCAAUAUGGAAGUCCCGUAAAUUAAAACAUCAGACCCGAGGCAAUGACGUCGUAAAGAAAUAAAUAAAACAUCAAACACUAAGAGUAGAAAA